UCCAAAUUGUGUUCUUGUGAAUUUUAAGGAAAAUUUAGAAGACUGAUGUGGUCGAAAUUUAGCUAAAUUCAGUUGAACCUUACUGGAUUUUUGUUAAAUAUAAUCUCGUAUAAUUAGGCCUUGCUCAACUAUAUUCUGGUCUCGGUUGGCUGCAAAAAUGGAUUUCAGCGAGUACUGUGUUGUUUAUCACUGUGGGGGCAAGUCUCAGUUGACUCGGAGACAGACAGAGAUAGCAGUGCUGGCGAUGAUGUAGUAACUGAUCCAACUUCGUGUUCUGUCUCCAUAUAUAAAGACAUGCUCGAUCAUAAGCUAUAUGAGAUUCAUAUUUAUAUGUGUUGCUUGCAAUCAACUACUCUAUUCUGUAAUUACUAAAUGCUUGCAUUUAAAAUGCAGAAAUGUACGAGUUUACUAGUUCUUUUCUAUGCAUUGGGUGUUUUUGCAACUCUGGAGGUUGGUUUUGGAUUUAUAUUGGAAGGCUCCUCGAAUAGAAGCUGCAUUGAAAGUGAGAAAUUGUCUCUGCUCCGCCUUAAAGAACACUUCGUUGAUCCAUCGCUUUACUUGUGGUCAUGGGUUGGAGAUGACUGUUGUGCAUGGCAUGGAAUUGUUUGCAGCAAGAAAACCGGCCACAUCAUUGAACUUAACCUUCGAAAUGGUGCUUUAAGUGGUGAUCAGAUACAUUCUUCCCUUCUGGAUCUGAAAUAUUUGACUUACUUGGACUUGAGUCUCAACUAUUUCUAUGGGAUCCAAAUUCCAGAUUUUUUUGGGUCCUUUCGGGAUCUGACCUAUCUCAACCUCUCUUUCUCCCAUUUUGAAGGUUUAGUUCCUCAUCAUCUUGGAAACCUUUCAAGCUUACAAUACCUUGAUUUAAAUGAUAAUUUUCUAUUAAGCAUUGAUAACAUGGGAUGGUUAUCUAAGCUUUCUAUGUUAGAAUACUUAGAUCUCUCCUCUGUUAAUCUGUCCAGGGCCACUCACUGGUUUCCACCCACUAACAUGCUUCCGAGUUCCAUUUCAGUACUUAACCUAUACGGUUGUCAUCUACCCAACGAUAUCCUUGGUAGUCUUCUGUUUUCAAAUUUAACAUCUUUGGUUAUACUUGAUCUUGGUUACAACCAAAUCAAAUCUUCUUUCCCUUUAUGGGUUUUUAACAAUAGUGGCCUUACACAUCUGAAUUUUGGUCAGAAUAUUUUUAGUGGUCCACUUCCUGAAGCAAUUGGAGGGUUGCCAUCUCUUCUUGAGCUUGAUCUUUCAAGUAAUGAUUUUCAAGAUCCUAUUCCAGAGUCUAUUAGUAGGUUGACAUCUCUCACUAAUCUUCAUUUAUCCAACAAUAAGCUUCAGGGUCUAAUUCCCACGUCCAUUGGAAGUCUAACAUCUCUUCUUGAACUUGAUCUCUCAAAUAAUAUGUUUCAAGGUGUAAUUCCAGAGUCUAUUGGAAGAUUAACUUGUCUCACUAUUCUUCAUCUCUCAAACAAUAAGCUUCAAGGUUCGAUUCCUAGAUCUAUUGGAAGUUUGUCUUCCCUUUCUACACUUGAUCUCGCAUUUAAUAAGUUUCAAGGUUUGAUUCCUCAGUCUAUUGGAAAGUUGACUUCCCUUUCUAGUCUUGAUCUUUCAGAAAAUCGUUUAAAUCAUUCAAUUCCAACUGAGAUGGGAAAUCUCACAAAACUUAAUCACCUCAUUAUAAGCUCAAAUGAAUUAAAAGGCUGUUUGCCAAACGCAUUUUGCCAAUUGUCAAAGUUAGAAACGUUGUACGCUGAUAAGAACCAUCUGAGUGAAAGCAUCCCUAAAUGCAUUGGAGAAUUAUCAAAUCUGAAAGAGUUGGAUCUUUUUUCUAAUUCAUGGGAAGGUUUUGUAUCUGAGCAUCAUUUUUUUAACCUCACGAUUCUGACUUACUUUUAUAUUUCUUCGAACUCUGACUUGGCGUUUAAUGUUAGCUCUGAAUGGGUUCCUCCCUUUCAGCUCCAAUAUUUGUACAUGAAAUCCUUAAAAGUUGGUCCCAGAUUUCCCAACUGGCUCAUGACACAGCAAGAGAUAAGGUAUAUUAGGAUGUCAAAUACGAGUAUUUCAGAUAAAAUUCCUGCUGAUUGGUUUGUUAGUCUCCUAUCUCGGGCAUUCAUUGUUGAUUUAUUUAACAAUGAAAUUAAAGGGACACAACUAUCAUAUAUUUCAUCAGCUUCAGAUGGUCUGGCUAUAUUAGCCCUCUCAAAUAACCAUUUGUCGGGUGAAUUUCCAGCAUUUUUAUGCAAUCUAACGUCCUUGUCGACUUUAGUUUUCUCCAACAAUAACUUCUCAGGAGAGCUCCCCCAAUGUUUAGGGAAGCUGACAGAAUUAAGAGAUUUUGAUGUGAUGAAUAACAGUUUCUAUGGUGAAAUUCCUGUUUCUUUGGGUUCUCUAAAACAUCUCACUUACUUGAACUUGCACAACAACAAGUUCCAAGGGAAGCUUCCAUUGUCCUUCCAGAAUUUGAAGGAGCUAGUGGCACUAGAUCUGGGAAAGAACAAUCUAAGCGAUUUUCUCCCCUCUUGGAUUGGAGAGCAAUUACCUCGUCUGCAGUAUUUAAUACUCCGGUCCAACAAUUUCUAUGGUACAAUUCCCACAGAAAUUUGCCACAACUCAACAAUUCAAAUUUUAAACUUGGCACGAAAUCAAAUCAUAGGACACAUUCCUCCUUGUUUCGGCAAUUUUAGUGCCAUGAUUACAAGUGACAGCAGACUUACUAUGGGUCCAGGCUUUAGUUCAGAAAAUGGUGAAAUGAUAAUAGAUAAUUCAAAAGGAUACGAGCUAGAAUAUACCUCUACCCUCGGGUUUUUGGUUUCCAUUGAUUUAUCAAAUAACGACAUUAGUGGAGAGAUCCUAGACGAGUUGAUGGAUCUUCAUGGUUUAUUGAAUUUGAAUUUAGCAGGUAAUCGUCUAGCUGGAAAUAUCCCAGACCGGAUUGGGAAACUGGAACAACUGGAAUAUCUUGAUCUCUCUAGUAAUGAGCUUUAUGGUCACAUUCCGCAAAGUCUAUCUGACUUGAACUUUUUAAGCAGCUUGAACCUCUCCUUCAAUGAUUUAUCAGGGAGGAUACCCACCGGAAACCAACUCCAGACCCUUGACGAUCCCUCCAUCUAUGCUGGCAACAGUCAGCUAUGUGGCCAACCUCUCCUGAAGCCCUGCCUUGACAGCUACAGAGAAGCUUGUUCUGAUUCUGAUUCUGAUGAUGAGCGCUUGUGGUUUUAUGCUGGGAUGGGUCCUGGUCUCUUGGUCGGCCUUUUGUUGUUCUGCGCUUCCCUUCAAGUCAAUAAGUCUUGAAGGUAUUGUUACCAUCAUUUUGUCCAACAAAUCUUCAACAAGAUAGCGGUUUUCAGUGCCUUGUUGCAGAUGAAGUUCUUUAAAUAACAGUUGACCUCUUUUUCAUCAUAGACACAAAAAGAAACUUUAGGACCGUUUUUUCAACCAAACUCUAGCUUCGGAGGUAGAGGAUAUUAUAAAAUCCUGCAUCAUACACAGAUAGAGCUUCUGCACUCCUGUUGUAUUUCAUAUGGAUUCGUACUUCUAUAUAUUUUCCAGGUUCUUUUUCCA